CUUCGUUUACUUUCAUUGACGAUGGCCUUCACCAGACUCUGCGAUACUUAUUUUCCCAAUCUACUUACAGCUGAAGAGUCUGGUCUACCUUUGGAUCUUUCUUCCCUCUCUAUCGAGUCGGAUCAAGAACGAGGACAGGGUGAAAGGAGUUCACAAGACAAUACUCUUCAAUGCGAACCUCAAGCGUCAGCCCCGUACUCACUUCAAGUCGCACAGCAGCUUGUUGUCUCGGAUACGCCUGAUUCACUUCCAUGCAAGCACCGUCUAGAGCCUCUUUCAUUGACUGCAACAUCACCCAUUGAUAGCCUUCCCUCUUCUUUAAUAUUCCAAUACAACUGCGCUCUUCUUACACCUUUUGGCUACUCUUCAGCGUCGCCUUCUCCAGUACACUUCAUCCCGAUAGUAUCUCCUCAACAAACUUCGCCCGCAGUUGAGCCUUUUGAGAACGGUGGGCGGGAAGCCUCCGGUUUACAUCAAGUCCCAUCAAGUCCCUUGUUCAAGAGCCUGAAACCUUCUAGCCCGCAUUCUCCUUUCAUUCAAGAGAGCCCUGUUGAAUAUCCCAAACGAUCGUUAUUCGCUAUUCCCGAAUCUCCCGCCAUCGCCACCCUCACGUCUUGCUCCAGUGAAACCAACGAUUCUAUCCGUGAUCCGUUCCACAUCCCGUUCGCAACCUCUACCUACCUGCGUCCCCGAUCCUCUAUACUUCACCCAACUAUCGGUAUCUCUUCGCCUCCAAUAAUGCGUAACAAGCCGGGAGCUAUCGUUCCUCCGUCACCCAUCUAUCGCCCCAAGAAACGCACUCGUACUUUCAAAUCAUCUCGAGCCAGACCUGGUUUCCUCAGAAACCUUCCGGUGUUUUCGAUCCCCUCUACUCCAAUUCCACAGUCGCCGAUGACACCCAGUCGCCCACGUUCACCUUUGACGCAUCGUGGCACGUGUAGCCCACUUAAAUCGCCUUUCUUGAUACGUCGCAAGUCGGAGGAAUCUGCCAUCACCAGAGCUAAAGAAGAUGGUGGGUAUUUCGUGAGAGUACGAGUCGUGGCGUAG